AUGGUCAGAGGAAGUGCACGAAUUAAAGCUGGUGGUAUAAAUAUGGCUCAAGAUGGUCCACAAAUUAUCAAACCUCUAACAUUAAAUAUGAGUUUAUUUCAAUUUUUAAGAAGUGGUUAUUUUGAAAAAGAUCUAUUAACUUAUUGUGCUAAUCGUCUUGCUGAAUAUUCAUGUAUAUAUUGGCUUGAUCCUACAGUGAAUGGAAAUAGUGAUUCAAUGGAAUCGAACUUAGCGUUUACAACAAUGACUAAAAUAUGGAUUAGUUGUAUUUUUGUCAUGAAAGACGAAUUAAACAUGGUUGUUUUAAUGUCUAUGCAGAAACUUAAAACGAUAGAAUGGCAUAUGAAUAAUUAA